UUUGACAAAACAAUAUGGAGUCUGCAGUCCGUAGAGUCAAAUUAAAAACGUUGUAAUGAGUUUUUCGGUGGAUAGUUUCGCCUAUUUCCAGCAGCUAUGGCAGAUGGAGACAUGGUGCCGCAAGCGAUGACGCUUGUUGAGGAUGAGUAUCCCCAUGUCCGCAUGGAUCCUUUCAUAUCCAUCAUGGAAGAUCCAGAUGAAGUGCCAUUUAUUAUCCAUCGGGUUGACUCCAACGAAAUCGUGUAUCAGCCUCGUCGGCGGAAAGCUAAACUGAUAGGGAAAUAUCUGAUGGGUGAUAUGCUAGGCGAAGGAUCUUACGGAAAAGUCAAAGAAUGUAUUGACACGGAAAGCUUAUGUCGACGUGCUGUCAAAAUCUUAAAAAGGAGGAAAUUGAGAAAGAUUCCAAAUGGAGAACAAAAUGUUCAAAGAGAAAUUCAAUUACUAAAGAGACUUCAGCAUCGUCAUGUUAUAAGACUUCUUGAUGUUCAUGUCAAUGACGAGAAGCAGAAAAUGUACCUGAUUAUGGAGUACUGUGUUUGUGAACUCCAGGAGAUGCUGGAGAGUACCAAAGACAAGAAAUUUCCUAUCUGUCAGUCACACAAUUAUUUUGGUCAGCUGGUUGAGGGUCUAGAAUAUUUGCAUGGACAGGGCAUUGUACACAAAGACAUCAAGCCAAGUAACUUGCUUCUGACCACAGACGAGACCUUGAGGAUAACAGACCUGGGAGUGGCAGAG